AUGAAGAACAUUCCAUAUGCUUCUGUUGUUCGAAGUCUUAUGUAUGCUCAAGUAUGCACAAGGCCCGACGUUCCAUUUGCUGUUGGAAUCUUAGGAAGAUAUCAGAGUAAUCCAGACUCCGGCUUUGCUGGUUGUGUUGAUUCUCACAAAUCAACAUCAGGAUAUAUUUUUAUGAUGGCUGAUGGAGCUAUCUCAUGGAGAAGUACUAAGCAAACCUUGGUUGCUACUUCUACUAUGGAAGCCGAGUUUGUCUCCUGUUUUGAGGCUACUUCUCAUGGUGUAUGGCCUUAG